AUGGAUUAUAUAAACAAUUUUGUUCUUCGUUAUCGCCAAAAUCGAAAAAUGCUUCUUGCCAUUGUUUAUGUAGCAAUAUUUUUGGACAACAUGUUAUUGACAACUGUGGUACCAAUAAUUCCUGAGUAUUUAUUGCGUAUCCAGCAUCCAAAUUCAACAGAUUUACUUUUAAACGAUAAAAUAGAUGAUUUUUCAUUAAAUGGAGAUGAAUUACAAUUAUAUGAAAAUCAACGAAGGAAACGUCAAACUUUGUCAUGGGAUAGUCCUGAUUGGGAUGAUAAUAAUGAUUUUAAUGAAAAGAAGGAAUUGAGGAGAAAGUCAAAAGUAUUUUUUCUUUGAA